AUGUGGACACGGCCGUUCAUGCUCCUGGGAACAUUGGUCAUCACAGCGGAAACAAUGGACUUCCCGCCCCUUUCGAGGCCCCUGUACCAGUUCGGCAAGCGGCUCGCCGAAACCAACUUGGACACACCAGCCAGGAUUAUUGGAGGACGCGACGCCAGACUUGCAGAGUUCCCGUUUCAGGCUGCAGUGACCGAGAAGACCGACGGCACAGGAAUGUGGAACAAAUUCUUAGCAGGUGGCAGCCUCAUCACAGAAAAUUACGUCCUGUCCUGUGGACACGGCUUGGCCAGUCGGACCGCCGAGGACCUGACAGUGUGGCUGGGCGUGCACCGCAUGCCGUUUGCGUCCUACUCCCUGUGGCGCACGUCGCCGUCCGCUCUGCUCAUUCACCCGGAGUUCAACGAGGCCACGUUUCUCAACGACAUUGCGCUCAUCCGACUCAAAGACCGCGUCCCGCUCGAGAGGCUCAACGGAUACGUGAACACCAUCUGCCUCCCACCCCCCGGGUUCCAGCCGCAAGGCCGGGCGCUGGUGUCCGGUUUUGGAUACGUUGCCGAGAAAAGUCCACAAGCGGAGGUACUGCAGGUACUAGAGCUUCCUUUGUUCAACCUUAGAAGAUGCAAAAAACUGCACCGGCGUCCUGUCAAGGACACCAACCUUUGCGCUGGCUUUGCAUUGGGAGGCAAGGAUUCCUGCGACGGCGACUCCGGGGGCCCCCUCUUCCAAAUCCUGAAUGACACAGCCGUUCAGAUCGGCAUCGUGUCCUGGGGUCACUUCUGCGCCCUUCCCAACAGGCCCGGAGUGUACACCAACGUGGUGCCUUACCUGUCCUGGAUCCACAGCAUCCUGGCGGCAGACAACGCGAAGUGGCGUCCGGCGUCAAGUCAACCGGGGUGCUAA